UCACAGAUCUGCUGCUCUUCCCAGCACCUGAAGCCUUGAUGCUCAGCGAAGGGAAGGGACCGACCCCGUCGCUAUUCUAGCCUCACUCCGCGAUUUCUCAGGGGACUUAAAUUGACAAAGGUGGAGCCAGCCGUUGGAUAAACAGCUCCAACCCAUUUAAAAGGGGGAAAGAAAGAUGUGCCCUCUGUCUUUGAGGGCGACAGCUGGUGGUGAGCAGCUGGACAGCACCAAAGCAGCAGAGGGAAGCCUGUGACAGGAUGAGCUCCAAGCCGAAGGCCAUAGAGAUCAUUGGAGCGCCGUUCUCAAAGGGACAGCCUCGAGGAGGGGUAGAGAAGGGCCCCGCGGCUAUGAGGAGCGCUGGUCUGGUGGAGAAACUUAAAGAAACAGAGUAUGAUGUGAGCGACUAUGGGGACCUGGCCUUUGCUGAUUUCCCUAAUGACAGCCCCUUUCAAAUUGUGAAGAACCCCAGGUCUGUGGGGAAAGCUAAUGAGCAGCUGGCUGGAGUGGUGGCCGAGGCCCAGAAGAAUGGAAGAGUCACCGUGGUGCUGGGUGGAGACCACAGUAUGGCGAUUGGAAGCAUCUCUGGCCACGCCACAGUCCACCCUGACCUGUGUGUUAUUUGGGUGGAUGCGCACACAGACAUCAACACUCCGCUGACAACAGGCACUGGGAAUCUGCAUGGCCAACCCGUGGCCUUCCUCCUGAAGGAACUAAAAGGAAAGUUCCCUGAUGUGCCUGGCUUCUCCUGGGUGACUCCUUGCAUAUCUGCCAAGGAUAUCGUCUACAUCGGCUUGCGAGAUGUAGACCCUGGGGAGCACUAUAUUCUGAAAACUCUGGGAAUUAAGUAUUUUUCAAUGACUGAAGUGGAUAAGCUGGGAAUUGGCAAGGUGAUGGAAGAGGCAUUCAGCUACCUACUGGGAAGAAAGAAAAGGCCCAUUCACCUGAGCUUGGAUGUUGAUGGACUGGACCCGGCAUUCACCCCAGCUACCGGCACACCUGUCCUGGGAGGCCUAUCUUACAGGGAGGGUCUCUACAUCACAGAAGAAAUUUACAAGACAGGGCUGCUCUCAGGACUGGAUAUCAUGGAAGUAAACCCAUCUCUUGGGAAGACACCAGAAGAAGUAACACGCACGGUGAACACGGCCGUAGCAUUAACCUUGGCUUGUUUUGGGACUGCUCGGGAAGGCAAUCACAAGCCAGGGACUGACUACCUUAACCCACCUAAGUAAAUGUCGAUGCCUCACAUGAAAAUCAGCUGACCAUGAGAGCAAGCUGAAUAGACCUCAGGAAACGGUUCUCUUCCAAAGGGCUCGUUCUCUUAGGAAAAAAAAAACAAAACAAAAAACAAACAAAAACAAAAAACAAAAAAAAAAAAAAAACAUUUUUUCCAGUAAGUAUGUUUUUCAGCAGUUCCUUUCUGGUAUCAAAUUGGGAGUGUGGAAAUUCAAACAGCUAUGAAAUCUGGAAACAUGUACUUCCCAUUUUAGCAGAGUUGUCUUUUAAAAGUAGCAUAAAUUGAUUUCCAAUUAAAAAUGCACCAGCGUUUAAAAUAAGUGGCACAAGUGCCGACCCACUAGUGUGGCCUUAUGAUAGUCAGAGACAACGGUAUCCAGAGAGGAAGCCUGUGUCCACGGUUGUUCAAAAGAUGUGAUUUUUGUAAUAAACUCUUUAUAAUAAAA